AUGAAUGAAGCUGAAAGCCUACUCGGCCAUUUGGAGAAUGUGUUGAAGAACAACCAGUACAAGCAAUUAAGUGGAAUACUUAAUGUGAAUCCACAAUAUAAUCCAUAUAUAGUCAAACUCUAUAAUUCGGCGAGUAUUCCGAAAAAACAUCUUGAUUCGAUGGUGGAGAUGCAUAAAUACUUCGGAGGAGACUGGGGUGCCUUUAACGAGGUUGUGAUAUCGUUUAUCCAAUUGAGUCAGGAGAUGAAUCCUUGGUCCGCCGUGGAAUCGUUUGAUUUAUAUACAAAGUACUUGAAUGAUUUGGCGGUUGCCUUUAGUAAUAGUAAACGAGGAGGAAUAAUUGUUGAUUUAUUGAAGAGUUCAGUUGAAGAAAUACUCCCACUUGCAACCAAGUUGGAUAUCCAGUUGUACUAUAAAGAAGAUUGUCGACAACCCCGGUUAACUUAUAUUGCGACCAUUUUAUUAAAAGUGUUCAAUAACAUUCGAAGUCAAGCAGGCGAAGAAGACCAACAACUGAAAUUGAAGAAAACGAUCUUGUUAUUCAUGGGGAACAAACUAUGCCAGGUAUAUUUCAAGAUUGGUAAUCCAUUGCUCUGUCGAAAUGUGUUUAGUAAUAUGAAUAAUGCUAAUUUACAAUUUAGUUAUUUCCCACCUGAUCAACAAGUCACCUACAGAUACUAUUUAGGGAGGUUUUAUUUUAUUAAAAACCAAUUCAUCGAUAGCUAUCAGCAUUUCGAAUGGUGUUUGAAUAAAAUGGUUCAUAUGCAAAAUCACAAAAAUAUUACUCAACUAUUAAAAUACUGGAUCCCGGCGGGAAUAAUGUUAGGUAAAUUCAUGAACUUAACCCAAAUCAAUCUGGUUUUCUAUAAUGGACAAGGACCCGCCUUCUUAUCAGUGUACCAAAAGAUCAGCGACUCUAUCAAACAAGGUAACUUCCAGCUUUUCUACAGCUUACUUGAUGAAAAUUAUUCUUUUCUAAAACAAAAUCAGCUUCUUGUUGCCUUAAGCUCUAAAUGCAACUUAUUAAUCUUGCGGAACCUCAUCAAAAAAGUAUGGAUAAUCACCGGCCGCCAGCCCAAACUAAACUUCGAUGACAUCAAGCUUGCAUUACAACUCCUGAUUGCAAACUCCAAUAAAGUACUAAUGUACCUUGACCAAGACCAGACCAUCGAAAACAUCUUUGUCAGUCUCAUUGAUCAGAACUUGGUCAAGGGCAAGCUUUUCCCGCGUCUCCGCGUGGUGCUGUUGAGUAAGAUCAACGUCUUCCCAACCGUCAGUGAAAUCAACUUUGUCAAGUUUGGCCACGGUCAAGAAGGACGCUUGAGCAGUGGUGAUAAGUGGAUGGCGGCCUAG